AUGACUUGCUCAAUCAGCGAUGAAGUAGGAAGAGGGGACUCUUCCACAAUCCGCCAGAGAACCUGUCCCCGCUCUGAAUGCUGUUCCCCCUCUUCACCAGAUAACAAAUGCUGUGAUGAUAAUUGCGUUGUCAAAAUCGCACGCCGGGAUUGCAAGAAUGAGCACAAUCAUCGAAACAAGCUUCCCUCGAGCUCCCAAUCUUCCAUUCCACUCCCAUCCGACGAAGAACCAUGUCAGAGCCACCUUUCUAAAGCAAAAGCUGCGUAUAGUGAGAUAUUGAACAAUUUUGGGUGUAUUUGCAAGGUGUUGCUUUCCCUGAAUUUGGAAUCGUGCUGUGCUCUGGAGUCUGGGACUGCUCGACGCAAGAGUUCGGAGAAGGAUAGAUUUUUGACAGGAAUGAGAAAAACUUCUAGUGGGGGGAGUUCUGUCAAGUCGGUUGGAGGCGCUUCGUGUGCUGAAGAGUUGUACUGCUCUCCACCGAAGGGUGAGUUGGUGAAAGCGGUGAUGAAUGUAAACGCCUGUUGCUCUACACCACCAGAGCAAAAUGGAAGCGAUAUUGGAAUGAAUUCCGCUACAGAAUCUAGGUCAACCAGUGAUGACAAAACCAGCCCUAAGUAUAUCACAGAGGGUUUGGACUGCUGCGUAGAGGAGACAAGUUUCAAAGGUGAAGCUCCUGCUUCGGAUUGUGAUAAAGGAUGUUGUUCUGACCCGAGUGUGGGACCAGCCGUGAAAUCGAAAUGUGUGAGUAAUUCUGGUAAAGGAAGCUGUUCUAAAUCAGCAGUGGAUCCUAUUGUUGUCGCUGUCGCUGCACCUUUGGACGGUUGUAAAAAAGGCUGCUGCUCAGAGCCAACCUCGACUCCAUCAGACACCAAGCCGGCUUUGGAUAAAUGCUGUUCUACUGAGGUUCAAGCUGGGAAACACACUACCCUGGGAGUGGAAGAAGUAAGUUGUUGCAAAAUUGGAUACCAAAAUCUCUCGGAUCCGACUGGAAAACGACUUCUCGCUAGAGAAGCUUGCUGUUCCAAAACCAAGUCUGGAGGUAACAAAUGUUCGCAAGAUGUUGAAAUUUUACCCCACAUCUCAAACACUAGCGCCAAACAGGUAGACUUGGAAAAGGGAGUCCUUGAAGUCGAACAUCUUAUCAUCAGUGUCCAAGGGAUGACCUGUACUGGCUGCGAAAAAUCCCUCUCCAAAGCUCUGACUUCGAUGCCAGCGGUUUCUAAUAUCAAAACCAGUCUUGUUUUGGGUCGAGCAGAAUUCGACAUUCGUGCAAGUUCAGCCGAUAUCAAUGUUGCCGAAACUAUUAAGUCUCUUGAAAAAAUGACUGGAUUUACUUGCUCGAAGAUGACAUUGUCUGGACAUGAGCUUGACCUCAUUGUGGAAGACGCUACAGUCUUCAUAGACGACAAAGACCUACCAUAUGGAAUCUCGGGUAUUGCGGUACAAGAUUCUCGUACUAUUCGAGUGACCUAUCAUCCAGAGGUUCUUGGCGCGAGAGAUUUGAUGAGCAAUCCAUUUUUUGAAUCAGCCAAGCUAGCCCCUAUGGCAGACCCUCCUCUCAUCACAGCUGGUAGAGCUCAUCUUCGGUUGAUGCUCUUCAAGACGCUGGUUUCUAUAGUUCUGACUGUUCCUGUGCUUAUCAUGGCAUGGGCUGAGCUUCCUCCUCGAGAAAUCGCUUAUGGAGCGGCUUCACUAGUCCUCGCAACAAUUGUGCAGGUGUACAUUGCCGGCCCAUGGUAUUUCAGCGCCUUUAAGGCGCUGUUUUUCUCACACCUAGUUGAAGUGGACUUUCUUGUGGUUCUCUCUACAUCAAUCGCAUACAUAUACUCCAUCAUUGCCUAUGCUCUCAUGGCUUAUGAAAAGCCUCUUUCAACUGGGAGCUUCUUCGAAACCAGUACGCUACUGGUAACAUUGAUUAUGCUGGGACGCCUUGUGACUAGUUUGGCAAGACAACGAGCUGUGGAGUCGAAUUCUAUCGAAUCACUUCAACCUUCAAUUGCAAUUCUCGUAGAUUCAGAAUCAGACUCUCGAAAUGAGAUUGAUGCACGGCUCUUGCAAUGCGGAGAUGUAUUUAUAGUGUCACCUCAUUCGGCAAUCGUCACAGAUGGGACUGUAAUCUCUGGCGUAUCGGGCGUUGACGAGUCCAUGAUCACGGGCGAGGCUACUUUUGUAACCAAACAACCCGGUUCCCCGGUUGUUGCCGGAUGUAUGAAUCACUCUGGAACCUUAAAAAUUCGCCUAAAUCGUCUUGUGGGAGAGAAUACAAUCAAAUCAAUUGGUUUAAUGGUAGACGAGGCAAAAUAUUUCAAGGCCAGGUUCCAGGAUAUGGCAGACAGAGUAGCGGCAUACUUUGUCCCAAUUAUUCUUGUUCUCACAGUCACUGUAUUCGUUGUCAGGGUGGGAGUCGGCAUAGGAAUUCAAGAUUAUUCAACGACAACUGCAUGCAUCAGCGCCAUGACUUACGCCAUCUCAGCCCUCAUUGUGUCAUGUCCAUGUGCAAUCGGCCUAGCUGUUCCUAUGGUUCUGGUCAUUGCUGGCGGAGUGGCUGCUAAAAACGGCGUGAUCUUCAAGUCUGCAGAAACCAUCGAAAAGGCUAGAAAUAUCUCUCAUGUCGUGUUUGACAAGACGGGCACACUCACACAGGGGCAACUCACGGUGGAGAGAGAGUUAUAUCCAACCGGCGAAGGAACCACCCUCGGACCAAUGAUUCUUGGGUUGACAAACAGUAGCAAGCACCCUGUUUCGUCAGCCAUAGCAGCUCAUCUGAAGUCAACUGUCACCAAAGCAGAUGAGCUGAAGAAAGUCACCUCGAUUGUGGGCUGUGGCAUUGAAGCUACUUGGGGAGAAAAAAACAUCCGUGCGGGAAAUCCAUACUGGCUGGGUGUUGAAAACCUACCAGCGGUCACGAGUAUCCUCUCCCUGGGAGUCUCUAUCUUUUGCAUCACUGUCAAUGGAAAUCUUGUUGCAGUGUAUGGUCUCAAGGAUAGUCUUCGACCAGAUACUAUGGCUGUUAUCAACGAGUUGAAGCGACGGAAAAUCGAGAUUUCUAUUAUUAGUGGUGACAAUGAAGAGUCUGUCAAGUCUGUUUCUCGAACCCUCGACUUGCCAGAAAGCCAUGUGCGCUUUCAAUGCAGUCCAGCCGAAAAGCAAGCAUACAUCAAGGAAACAUCCACUGCAAAGAAUGUUGUGAUGUUCUGCGGUGAUGGAACGAACGAUGCUGUGGCACUUGCUCAAGCAUCUAUUGGUAUGCAUGUCAAUGGAGGCACAGAUAUCGCUUAA